CGUGGAGGGUCCGGGUUAGCGGGCGCGGCCGGCUGCGGGGUUGGGGAGCGGCGGGCCGGGCCGGGCCCCCGGGCCCGAGGCGGCAGCGGCGGCAGCGGUAUAAAGCCGGCGACUGGGAGCAUGUAAUGUCGGAAUGCGGAGGCCGCGGCGGCGGCAGCAGCAGCAGCGACGACGCCGAGGACGAGGGUGGCGGCGGCGGCGGCCCCGCGGGCUCCGGCUCCCCUGGCCCGGCCCCGGCCGAAGCGUCCUCGGCGGGCCGGCUCCGCCGCGGGCUGCGCGGCGCCUCCCUCAUGGCGCGCCGGCGGCCAGAGCUGCUCUGCGGGGCCGUGGCGCUCGGCUGCGCGCUGCUCCUCGCCCUCAAGUUCACCUGCAGUCGAGCAAAAGAUGUGAUAAUCCCAGCAAAACCACCUGUCAGCUUUUUCUCCUCGAGGUCUCUGGUCCUUGACCUCUUUCAGGGACAACUGGACUAUGCUGAGCACGUUCGCCGGGAUUCGGAGGUGGUACUUCUGUUCUUUUAUGCCCCGUGGUGUGGCCAGUCCAUUGCUGCCAGGGCAGAAAUCGAGCAUGCAGCAAGCCGGCUUUCAGACCAGGUGUUGUUUGUGGCAAUUAACUGUUGGUGGAACCAGGGGAAAUGCAGAAAACAGAAACACUUCUUUUAUUUUCCUGUAAUACAUCUGUACCAUCGGAGUUUUGGACCAAUCGAAUACAAAGGCCCCAUGAGUGCUGUUUACAUUGAGAAGUUUGUCCGCCGGGUGAUGAAACCACUUCUCUACAUCCCAUCUCAAUCAGAAUUACUAGAUUUUCUCUCAAACUACGAGCCUGGAGUACUCGGGUACUUUGAGUUCAGCAGCUCACCCCAGCCUCCUGGCUAUCUGACCUUCUUCACCUCAGCAUUGCACUCAUUAAAGAAAGAUUACCUAGGAACAGUACGAUUUGGGGUUAUCACAAAUAAACAUCUUGCGAAACUGGUAUCCUUAGUACACUCUGGAAGUGUGUAUUUACAUAGACAUUUCAACACAUCACUUGUCUUCCCCAGGGAGGUCCUGAACUACACGGCUGAGAACAUCUACAAGUGGGCCUCGGAGAACCGCGAGACACUCUUCCGGUGGCUGCGGCCGCAUGGAGGCAAGAGCCUCCUGCUGCACAACGAGCUCAAGAAAGGACCAGCGCUCUUUCUGUUCAUACCUUUUAACCCCUUAGCCGAAAGUCACCCUUUAAUAGAUGAGAUCACCGAAGUGGCCUUGGAGUACAACAACUGUCACGGGGACCAGGUGGUGGAGCGCCUACUUCAGCACCUGCGGCGGGUGGACACACCCGUGUUCCAGUCCCUGGCGCCACAGCCGCCGGCUCCGCUGCUGGACACACCGCCGGUGGCAGCGUCCCCCUGCUGCAACAGUGUGGUGCUGCCCCAGGGGCACUCCUUCUCCAGGACCCACAACGUCUGUGAGCUGUGCGUCAACCAGACUGCCGGGGGCCUCAGGCCAAGCUCGGCCAGCAUGUCACAGUGCAGCUUCUUUGAGAUGGCGGCAGCCCUGGAUUCCUUCUACCUCAAGGAGCAGACCUUCUACCACGCGGCAUCAGACAGCAUGGAGUGCAGCAAUUUUUUAACUUCCUACAGCCCUUUCAGCUACUACACUGCAUGUUGCAGGACCAUUAACAGGGGCGUGGUGAGCUUCAUCGAUUCUGAACAAGGUGUCUUUGAAACCCCGACCCUUGCAUUCUCUUCCCUGGAGAAGAAAUGUGAGGUCGCCGCCCCGAGCUCCCUUCCUCACAUUGAGGAGAACAGGUAUCUCUUCCCUGAAGUGGGAGUGGCCAGCACGACCUUCACAGGCCUGAGCUGCAGAACCAACAAGACCCUGAACAUCUACCUUCUGGAUUCCAAUUUAUUUUGGUUAUACGCCGAGAGGCUGGGUGCUCCGAGCUCCACGCAUGUGAAAGAGUUUGCCACAAUUGUUGAUGUGAAAGAAGAGUCUCACUAUAUCUUGGAUCCAAAACAAACGCUCAUGAAGUUCACCCUAGAGUCUUUUAUUCAAAACUUCAGCGUUCUCUACAGUCCCUUGAAAAGGCAUCUCAUUGGAAGUGAUCCUGCCCAGUUCCCUUCUCAGCAUUUAAUCACUGAAGUGACAACAGACACCUUCUGGGAAGUUGUCCUUCAGAGACAGGAUGUCUUACUGCUCUACUAUGCUCCCUGGUGUGGCUUCUGUCCAUCCCUCAAUCACGUCUUUAUCCAGCUAGCUCGCCUCCUGCCUGUGGAUGCACUCACUGUGGCCAGGAUUGACGUGUCUCAGAAUGAUCUUCCUUGGGAAUUUAUGGUCGACCGUCUUCCUACUGUCUUGUUUUUUCCUUGCAACAGAAAGGACCUAAGUGUGAAAUACCCCGAAGACCUCCCCAUCACCCUUCCGAACCUGCUGAGGUUCAUCCUGCACCACUCGGACCCUGCCUCCACCCCCCGGAACUCCGCCAGGCCUCCUCCGGAAGAGUGUCUUCAGAGCGAGGCCGUCCUGCAGCAGGGGCACAUCUCCCACCUGGAGAGGGAGAUCCAGAAACUGAGAGCAGAGAUAAGCAGCCUUCACCGAGCACAGGCACAGGUGGAGGGCCAGCUCUCCAGUGCCCGCAGGGAUGAGCGCCGGCUGCUGCGGCAGCAGCAGACCCUGGAGAAGCAGCACGGCCUGCUCCAGCGGCACAGCGAGCAGCUGCAGGCCCUAUAUGCACAGAAGGCCCGCGAGCUGGAGGCGCUGGCCGACGCCUCGGAGACCCUCCUUACUGAGAACGCGUGGCUCAAGAUCCUGGUGGCCACCAUGGAGAGGAAACUGGAGGGCCAGGACCGGGCUGAGGACCCAGCCCCUCGGACAGAGGCGCGUCCUGAGCACUCUGAGCCCACAGGUGCCCCCCGGUUACCUGGCAGUGCCCCUCCACCUUCCAAUGUCAGUUCCACACUGGCACCUGAGAGGAAGAGUGAGAACAGGACAGACUAACUUUCAAAAUGACAUGAAGGAAUCAGAGGUGAAAACUGUACAUUGGGAAUAUAUUUAUGCAAAUUUUAUUGAAAUUUAUUGUAAAUAAAGAUUUUCUCAGUGGUCUAGAAAAUCAGC